CGUUGUACAAUAUUUAUUUGUUUGUUGACGAACAAUUUGGAAUGUUAAACGUAAUAAUAAUUAUGACCGGAGAAAUUGUUCAGCGUUUGUAUUUGAAAGAUUUAAUAUAUCUUAGGAUGUUAUGAAAAUAAUAAAAACAGCUUUCACACUUGAAACAUUUCAGGAUAGUGUCAAAAAAGAAGGGAAUUUCCACACAAGCCAUCUAUCAGUUAUUACCUCGUACAAUUUCUUAUACUUCUGCAUUUGUGGUACAGAAAAACAGAAAUGAAGAUUACUUGUGGUGUUGAAAUUUCAAAUCGUGCUCAUCCAGCAAUAUCUGCCCGAAAUAAAACCAAAUACAGUGUUGCUACAUUAGCUUUGUGUCAUAAAUCAAAGGAGAAAGAAAAGCACAAUGACAAAGAUGUUUUCCUCAUUUUAUGUACUCAUCAAAACCCCAGAGGAACCAAGUAUAAGAUUUACAAUAACGUUGAAAAGUUAUUUACAAAAUUUAUCAAUGAUGGUAAAGCCACAUUAAGAUUUAAAGAACCUCCACAUGACUUAAUAAUCAGCAAGGCUGAUCCACUUCAAUUAAAAGGCUUUCUUCAUGGUGUGGGUUUAACUAUUGUUGGACAAGGAACUGGAAGAAUUCGACUAUCUCCUACUCCUACUAAAGUAGAUCGACCAAAACAGAAACUUGCCAUUAUGCAGCGUGGUGAUUAUCCUAUCAAGGCUGGUUUUCCUAUCAGUCUUACAUGGUUACAAGUUCAGUCAUGUAGACUAAAGAAAGUUGACCAACGAAUACUUAAGUUACAUAACCUUCAAGUUUUGGACUUAGCACAUAAUAAUAUAAAAGAGUUACCUGUAGCACUUGCUGACUUGAAACUGAAAGAAUUUAUUUUGCAUCAUAAUGAACUUACUUCAUUCCCUUCUCAGUUGGCUGUGGGAGAUCUUGGUCAGACUUUACAAGUUCUGGAUUUAUCUUUCAACAAAAUAGCUGAACUUUCACCCUAUUUUUGUCUUAUGAAGAGAAUCUCAGUUUUGUCUUUAAAGUGUAAUCGUCUUUCUAAAUUACCAAGAAAUAUUCAAUGUCUAGAGAAUUUGAGGAUGUUUAGUGCUUCUCAUAAUGAACUGAAGGUACUUCCAUUUGGCAUCAGGAAACUGCAUUUAGACACCUUGGACUUAUUCCAUAAUCCUUUAAAUACUGAUGUUGUUCUGAGGCCAGUAACUCUUUGGCAAUUACCAUCUUUAAUGGAAUUAUCUGCAUCAGCAGUAGUGAAACAUAAUAUCCCGUACUCUCAAGAAGAUUUACCAAAAAAUUUGAUAGAUUACAUUGUCGAAAACUGUCCUUGCCCAUGUGGAAAGAGAGUGUUUCAGAAUGUUUCCUCCUGCAUAUUAGUAUUAGAUCUCUACAAGCUGGCCUCUACUGUUGUAUACAUCAAUAAUACUAGCCGUUUCAAAGUACCCCUUGAAGUAUAUUUUUGCUCAACUAAAUGCUGGAAAAAGUUUUACAGUUUUACUGCAAACCAGAAGCCAUAAAAAUCAGACUGCAGUUUCAUAUGUAAAAUUUCCAUUUCCAUUGCUGAAACUUUUGUAGUAGUAUUUAAAACAAUGACCGGGCAUUUUCUUUUCAGGGGCACUUGUGAAAAUUGAUUCUUGAUGUAUCCAAAUAUGACAAGUUCUUAUUCAUUUGGCAUUUUUGUUCUCAUUUAACUUUUAUCUUUCAAGGUAAAGUUGAAAAGUAAGCAGCACAUUUAAUGACUGACUGUGAUUCUCUACCCUAUUACUGCAGGGGAAAAAGUGAUUUAUGAGUGCAAAAACAAACUUUUUGAGAGAAAACAUUUGCAAUAACAGGACUUCAUUUGAAUAUAUUUGUAUAUAAAUACUUCCAUUAUUUGCUUUGCAUUUCAAUGACAUUAUUACAUAAAGGACGAGUUCAUUGUUUUUUAUUUAAAUAUAUGACGAUAGCAUGUGUUAUUAAAAAUGCAGCAAUUUGUAGACUGAAAUUUAAUCACAAGAAUUGUUGGUAGUUCCUUUUGAACUCAUCACUCUAAAAUUGCAUUUUUAAUAUUUCAUAAUAAUUAUAGCAUGUUUAUUUUUCUUGCUAUGAGUAUUUUAAAUGUUUUCAAGUUUAAUAUAUAAGUGAUUGUGUUAAUUUGCAUUAAUUUUUUUCCUAUUUGUUUAAAGAUAAAUUCUAAAGAUUUUUCAUUAUAUGAAUGUAAACUUCAUUACUGGGGCAUAGGUUUUUUCCCCCCUGAUUUUAAAAUUAAAAAAAAAAUUACAUUAUAGCUUUUUUUUUUUUAAUUUUCCUCGAAAUCUACAAUUUUCCCCAUAUUAGCACAGGGAUUUUUUUUAUUUGUAUAGUAAUAAUAAUAAUAAUCUUCACAGAUUGUGACACUCAGAAGAUAUCAUAGGAGUUUCAUGCUUAUGGAAGUAAUGAAAUUAUUUUAAAGAACAAAUUCUAAUCACACUUCACAAUUAUCUGUGUACAUCUCUACUUACAGAGUGAGUUGAGAGAUGUAGUCAAUGUAUCCAAAUAAUUGAAUUUCAAUGACUUUCCUUUAAAAAUCUAUAUACCUGAAUGCAUUCAGUACAGAGGUUUUUGAAUCAUAGUAAAUGAAAUUCUAUUAUGUGCUUGUACUCAUUUCUUAACUCUCCCUCUGAUUGAGAAGUAUCAGUUGUACUAUGAAACACAGAGAUUAGAGAAUGCCAGUAAUCUCUGAUUGUACUAUUGUUUGAUGAUUGCUGAAUGGCAACUAGUGAAUGUUGGUAAUCAAUGGAGAAUGUCAACAUCAAUUUGCUGAAUUUCACCAAUUUUUCACAGUAACAUAUCUAUUAGAUAAUAAAAGUCAUUUCAUUGUGAUGUGUUCAUUAAUUUAUUCAUAUGUCUCCUUACAAUAACAAAAGUAAAUUAUGAUUUAAGAAAUAUUUUUGUGAAAUGUAUUGAGAUGGGUUGUAAGUUUCUUAUGUACUAAGCAUCAAAAUCAAUAUUAUAUGUUUUAAAAAUUUUUAAAAUUUGUAGAAUUAGUUUUUUUUUAUGAAUUUAUUUUCAAAAAAAGUGCUGCAUAAAGGAGAAACGUUAGGUACAUCAUGAAAGUGAAAGUUAGGAUUUAUUCCAAAACUUUUCAUUAAGAUUAGUUUGCCUUUUGUUUAUAAAUGCAUUCAUUAAAAACAUCAUUCAACUAUAUUAAAUUUUCUCAAUCAGGUUUACAUUUAUUUGACAAGUAAUGAUUCAAAUAAAUUCUUUUUUUGGUAUAAACUUUAAUCGUCAAUUUUUAGGGAAUUAUUAUUCAAAAUAAUAAAUAAAUUAUACAUUUUCAAUUGCUGUUCUAUGGCACUGAUUCAUAUUAGAUAUUUGGCAAUCUGCAAUUACUGAAAAAAGUUUUAAUUCUGUAUUUGAAUUUCAUAUUUGAUCAAGAACAAUCAAAAUAAAAUAACUUGCUCCAUAAUAAAUUUUUUUCAUUAUUUUUAGUAACUUCUUGUGUAACGUUGCUUGAUUCUUUAGACCAUACUAUUCACUGAACAAAAUAUUGAAAUGGAUUGUUAAAAUCUAGUAUUGAAACAAUGUUAUACAAACAUCUUUAUGUUUACUUAAAAAUUUCUAAUAAAUUAUUAGAUCUUAAUUUACUAUGCAAGCAUGAAUAAUACUGUAGUUACAUCAAUGUAAUGUAGGGUAUGGCUCUGUUAUUUAUCUUACUAUUAUGAAUUUAAUCUUCAUUGUAUUGGAAGAUGAUUCUCUAGAUAGUAUAUUAAUAUAAGCUAACCGUUAUACUCUGUGUUAUUAAUUCCUUAAAGGGCAAAUAUUUAAUUAGAUAUUCCUUUGUAUUUAAUUAAUUAAUACUUAUAAAAUUUUAUGGAGAUGCUUUGUUGGUUCUUGAUAUUAUUACCUCUCCAUGGUUUACCUUCUAUUAUUUUAUAAUAAUGUUUUUACCAAGUCAGGGUUUACUAAUAGUGAGAAUUUGCCUUCACCCACAGUAUGGCAAUAAUGUGUUUUUGUACUGUAUUGUUUGUUACUGUACUCUUCCAUUAAAUGUUAUUGUACUGUUUAUGAUGACUUUUAAAUUUUUUUUAAAGUUUACAAAAAGUAAUUUUUCUUAUCUAAAGAUAAAUAUCUUUAUACCGAAAUAUGUAAUACUUAGAUGAAUUUGAUAGCUUUUAAAACCAUAAGUGCUAUCCUGCUCAAUAUGCAAUUCUUGAUGUAAAAUAAACUUUUUUAAAAAUUGUGGAAUAAGCAUAGUUAGAGUGGGAUUCUUGUUAACUCUGUUCAGCAAAUUUAAGCAAUACUUUUUUUAAUGACACACAAAUAAUGGAUUUGAAAUUCUUGUUAGAUUUUCUCGAAUGUCGUAUAUAUUUUAAAAAUUUCAUUUCCAAACUUAUCAUGUAUUAUUAUUUGAUAUUUAUUUUCAUUAAUUCUCUACUAUCUAAAGAAUACAAUAAUAUUUACUCACUAUUUCCACAUAUUGUUCAAUGAGAAGUUUCAAAUCAUAUCUUAACAGCAAAAUACUCUGCAAUGAAAUAUAACUGGCAGAAUAUGCAUAUUCUGUGUAUAAAAACUAGACUAGAUCCAAUGAGGAAAUUAAGUAGCCUUAUAGAAUCCAAUAUGUUUGAAAACUAUUAUUAACAGCUUUAAUAUAUAGAUUUAUUUAUUUUGCUAAAAAAAAAAAUUUUUAGUGUAGAAACUGAAUUUGUAUCAAAGAUAUAUUACUUUAGGAUUAACUUUUUUAAAAUUUUAUUGUUAUUAUAAUUUUGUAUCAGCAUUAUCAUGUGUGGUAAACAAAUUUUUCUCCCUUUAACAUGUUCUCAUGUAAAUCAAAACAUGUAGAUGCAAGCAAUAAUAUAACCUUUUUUCUAAUUUCCAAGCUUUGUUGUUUAAUUUUUUAUUUAAAUGUUUCAUUCAUUGCUGUGUUAGGGUAUUAUUUUUUAUUGUAUGCCUUAACUACAAAUUUUGAGCAUUUUUCUUUACUCAUAGUUUUAUAACGACUUAGCUGUUUGUUAGAAUUUUUUUCCAAAUUAUCUUAAUUCCCUACCUCAUCCAUUAUGCAAAUACUCUAUAAAAAACUGUGAAUAAAAGUAAUGUCAAUUACUUUUCAUAUAAUGAUCUACAUUUAAAAAAAGUUUUAUUAUUGAUAAUGUUGUAAAUAAUUAGGAGUUCUUAAAAAUUCUUAUAUGGACCUAUUUAUUUAUUUCCAUUUGUUGAUUAUUUCUUCAAGGAACAUUUUUUUAAAUGUUAUAUAAUUACUAACUAAUUUUAUAAUUGUUUUUUUCAUUGUUAAUUAUUUAAUUGUUCAAAAAAUGUAUUCAUUUGUAUAAAAAAUUUCAUCGGCCUCAUGCUUAAAAGAAAAAGCACAUAAUUUGAAGCAUUAUAUUUAUGUGAUUUUAAAAAAUUUCAUUAUUAUAUUUGUAGAAAGACAACAAAAAUAUUAUAAUUUGUAUUGUUA